UUCUUCCGUCGACUGUCAGCCCUUUAUGUGAAAUGCAGACUGGAGAACAGGCAGCAGCAAUUCAUGCGAGAGCUGAGGCCACGAUACCAGUCCCCCCAGCCACGUAUGAAGACUUCAGAGCCUUUGAAGAAAGCCAGGAGGCUGUCUCCAGAACUGAGCUCUGGGACCGUGAUGGAAAAGAGGACGUUGGAGUGGGUAAAGUGUUGGCAGAGGAAGCAGGUCAUGAUGUGUGCACGGAAGAAUUUGCCGCAUCAGCAGUUUCCAAAUUCUCUCAAAGUGCUCCAAGAGCUGGAAUGUUCUAUCAUGAGAAACUUGCUGCUCAAUUUGAUAAGCACCCAGGUGUUGAUGAUGUGGGGUACGAGCCAGUUGGCAACUCCCAUAUUCAAGAAAGGCCAUCUCCUUUAUACAGCAGAGGUAAAUAUAAGGAAGAGGCCGCUAGGCAUGAAAAGGAUGAAGAUCGUGACAUUGAUGAAACUAUUCUGCAGGAUUCACCUUCAUCAUUAGGACAGCAAGACUCUCCACUGCUUGAAGCAGCCGAGGAAGCUGUGAAGGAGCAUAGCUUUCCAGCAGAAGGCCAACCCAAAGAUAACCUGGCAGAAAUAUCUAGAGAGACUCCUGUUACUGAAAGGGAAGGUCAUAAAGCAGGACAGAUCCUAGAUGAGAAACGGCAGUGGUUGUCAGGGAAAGGAUAUGAUGAUGUCACCAAGAUGGAACCCUCUGAAAGUAUGUACCAAGUGGAAGUUGAAGCUAAUAUAAUUAGGGAGGGAGAAAUCUCAGGUUCUCCACUAGAUGCAACCAAGUUUCCCGAUAGAUUAAAUAAGGAUGUGGCAGAUAGAAGUGUUUCCUUGCAACAGGAGAUGGGGGGAAUGGUGCAGGCCAUGGAAAAACAAGAGGCACCCAAAAAGAAACCUGCAGCUCGCGUGUCAGAGAAACAAGUCAGUCGGGUUCCUCAUUUAAAAGCUCGUAUUGACAGUAAAGACAAAGAUGGAAUCGAUACUGAAGAGAAAAAGCCUAAGACAUCCACACCUUCCUCUGCCAAACCCCUGAAAGAUAGAUCUUCCAUUACCCCCCAACGACCCUCCUCUGUUAGUACAACCCCUUUGAAAACCCCCUCCAGUCCUGCUGAGUCCUCAGUACCAGCUUCCACUCCUAAACGAGUCUCUUCUAUCACAUCCCGACCUGCCAGUACAGGAAUGAAAGAAACAAAGCCAAAGGGUCCGGAGAUGAAAAGCGGAAUGAAGAUGGCUGCUCCCAGGUCUGCAACACAGACUCAGAAAAGCCCAGCCAACGCUACCCGGAUCCCGGCAAAAACGCCCACGGCCCCCAAGACACCUCCCAGUGCUGCUGGCAGGAAGGAGCAGAGAAAGCCGCCUACCACAGCAGCAAAAUCUGAGAAAGGUGAACCAGCGAAGUCUGGAGACAGAAGUGGUUACAGCAGCCCUGGCUCACCCGGCACCCCUGGCAGCCGUUCCCGCACGCCCUCCCUGCCAACUCCCCCGAACAGGGAGCCCAAGAAGGUGGCAGUGGUUCGCACGCCACCGAAAUCCCCUGCUUCUGCCAAGAGCCGCCUGCAGACGUCUACGGCCCCCAUGCCUGAUCUGAAAAACGUCAGGUCCAAGAUUGGUUCCACUGAAAACCUGAAGCACCAGCCAGGCGGUGGAAAGGUGCAGAUAAUGAAUAAGAAGCUGGAUCUUAGCAACGUUCAAUCCAAGUGUGGCUCAAAGGAUAAUAUCAAACACAGUCCAGGAGGAGGCAGUGUGCAAAUUGUUUACAAGCCUGUAGACCUGAGCCAAGUGACAUCCAAAUGUGGUUCCUUGGGCAACAUUCAUCAUAAACCAGGUGGUGGCCAGGUGGAGGUGAAAUCGGAGAAACUGGACUUCAAAGAGAAGGUGCAGUCGAAAAUUGGGUCAUUAGAUAACAUCACCCAUGUCCCUGGAGGAGGGAAUAAAAAGACAUGAAUUGAGAACUUGCUUGGACUGUCUGUGUCGAUUUUCUUAGUGCUGAAUGCCCUGCUGUGCCAUUACCGGUUCCCCACAAGGGGUGAUGCAUUGGUGUGUGCACACUCCCAUAUGGCUGCAUAUCAAACAAUGAGAUUUAGUCAGUCGAAUAAUGAUCAAACCUCAUGAAUAGCCAGUAAUAACGAAUGGCAUUUUUAAAGGAUCCGGAUCUGUGUAUACACAGAUACCUUUUUUUUCUUUAAGACCUGCAGUAAAUUGUUCAUUAAAGCAAAUAUACAUUGAAGAUACUUCAUAAUUCAGUCUUAGUUUAUUAGGUAAAAAUUAAAGUCCUGUUUUUAAAAACAACCUAUGGCUGAAGACUUGGAUGAUAGUGCUUGAAAUGUUCUCACAGCAAAGUGAAGGGCACCAGCAUCUGAAAUGAGACAUCGAAUACAGCACAACUGGGUGGAUGAAUUGGGCAGGAAACAUGUAAGGAUGCUGGGAUGGGGGUGAUGUUUUGUGGAUUCAUUAGUCAAAUUUGGGGACAGUGGGACCAAGUAUUCGAUUUCUCUGCGGUAGGAGUGAACUGGGGGAAGGUUAUUGUUGUCUUGCUGAUUGUUCAACCUUUUUAUCAAAAACUUGACGAGAUGGAAAGGUUCUGUUCAGCUCUGUGUUCCAGCACUUGGUUUUUGGAUGCAUUUUGUAAAUGUCUUGAAAAGCUUUCUAGCUGUCAGCCUCUUCCAGCAAAUGCACUAGCUUCUCUGACUGAGGAAUUACUUGGCUUCCUUACCCUUCUCUCACUGCCAUUACACAUCGAGCUGUACUGUACUCCUCUCUUCCUUGUUCAGCUUGAGCAUCUUUUCAUUUCUUUUUAUCUCCUUAUACAGUCACUGAGCCAUAGUUAGAAGCUUUUGCCAUUUGGAGCAAUUGACAACACAACAAUAUGGCUUCUCUAAUCCCAUGUGGUUGUGUAUCGCAGUAUUGUCAUUUAGCCACAGGCCUCAUUCAGUCAUGUGAUCACGAUACUGAAAUCACACCUUCUGGAUACAUAAAUAUAACUCUGGGUACAUCGACAGUGCAAAAAACAAACCUUGGCAGCGAGUCUCCAAGCUCGGGUCAGCUGACUUGGGCUCACGCUGCAGGAUUCCAUAUAACAAUGGA